GGUGUAUGGGCAUCUGCCGUAUUCCAACCGUUUGAUUUCAAAGCAACGCUUCCCCUCGUUCCUCGUAAAGGACCUAGGCCUUCAGGUGAAAACGGUGCUGCCGCUAUACCGACAACCAGUCCACGGACUCUAUAUAGAUCUGCGCAAUUGCUACCCUCCAGAACUAGCAGAGCUUCUAAAGCUGCCUGCUCUCGCUCAGAAUGGGGGACGUAAUGAAAGCUGUUGACAUCAGGGGCGGCAAAGGGCCUGCCACCUCGCUAUUCAUCAACUCGCAGACGCCGAAGCCCGAACCCGAGGAAGGCCAGGCCUUAGUCCGCGUCAGAGCCUUCGGGCUGAAUCGUAUGGAUCUCAUCCAGCGUGAGGGGAGAUACCCCAUGCCACCGCAGGCCCCUUCGACGCUCGGCGUCGAGUUCAGCGGCACCAUCGAAUCGUUCGGGCCUGGUUCCCACGGUGACUUUCGAGUCGGCGAUGCCGUUUUCGGCUUGGCAUAUGGCGGUGCUUACGCCGAGUACAUCGUCGUGAACUCCAGGAUGCUCUUGCGUAAGCCGGACGGCCUAACGUGGGAGACGGCGGCCGGUAUCCCAGAGGUAUGGAUCACAGCUACCCAGGCGCUGCACUUGGUUGGCGACUUCGCGCCGGGGAAGACGGUCCUGUGGCAUGCCGGCGCCAGCGGCGUCAGUAUUGCGGGCAUCCAACUGAGUCGGGAGAGCGGCGCGAGCGCCAUCUACGCUACCGCGGGUACGGAUGAGAAGUGCCGGUUCAUCGAGCGAGAACUCGGCGUUACCAAGGCCUUCAACUACAAGACGCAGGACUGGGCGAAGGAGAUCCUGGAUGCGACCGGCGGCAGGGGUGUAGAUCUGAUUAUAGACUUUAUCGGCGCCAGUUAUUUCCAGAAAAAUCUUACGGUCGCCGCGUGGGACGCAAGGUGGGUUAUGCUCGCCCUACUAGGCGGAACGAAGCUCGACGGUGUAGAUUGUGCCUUGCUGCUAUACAAGCGCAUCCGGCUCGAGGGCAGUACCUUGCGUAGUAGGGAUCUCGAGUACCAAGGCCGGCUUAGGGAUAGGCUUGCCGUAUACAUCCCUCAGAUCGAGAGCGGGAAGCUGAAGGUCCUGAUUGACACUGUCCUCCCCAUGGAGGAUAUCGUCAAGGCUCAUCAGCUUCUAGAGGAAAACAAAACUAUGGGGAAGAUCAUUUGCACUGUCCCGUAGAGCGGGCAUGCAAGGUCUUCUGGAGCCUGACUAGGCGUUCAUGGCAAACCCUGCCCGAUGGCAUGGCUCCAAAACCAUCAACUGGUCCAUGGU